UGGUGCAAAUUGCCAGCCACGAGGACUCCAAAUCCACUGUCGCCGAAGCCAGCCUUCGCUCUGAUCAAACUAGCCGUUAGAAUGUCAUCGCUUACUCUCAAAGUCGCCUGGUUCACUCGCGGUUAGCAUCUAGCCUACAGCGAGGAUGGCGAGGCCGUUGUCCUCGUUAUUGCCUGCCUCGUUAAGAGCCACGUGGCCGCAUCUACUGCCAUGGAUCUUGCCGACGUGGUUUUUCCUGAUGGUGACGGGGAUUGUAGAGGCGUGCAAGCGAGGGACUAUUCACGAGACUCUGCUAUUUGCUGUAGCUCCCAUCGCCGUGUGGGCCCUGCUGGGCAGAACCCUCACCAAGACCAUCAUCUUGUCGCGCUUCUUCUUCCCCUCUCUCAUCUCCGCCAUCAACGGCCUCUCCUACGGGACCUUCCUCUUGCUCCUCAGACACCGCACCUCUCCUCGCCUCUCUGCCCUCGUGCACGCCACUGCUGCCAUCACCUUCCCACUAUACUUUCUCACCUACCACACGGAUCCUGGGUUCAUUCCCAAGGGCGACCCCCCCCCAGGUUACGGGGCGCCACAGCAGCAGCAGCAGCAGGUGCAGCAGGGGGAUCGGGCGAUAGGGAUGCAAGCGGUAGAGAUGCAGGGAGGCGUGCAAGGACGCCAGCAGGUGGGACGGCAGCAGGGCGACCAAGAGAUGCAGCAUAAAGGAAUGUCGCAGCAGCAAGAGCAGCACCAGCAGCUCCAGCAGCAGUACCAGCAGCACCAGCAGCAGCCACAACAGGGGCAGGGACAGCAGUCGGAGGACCAAUGGCAACAAUGGUACAAGCAGGUGGGGGAAUGGGAAGCACGGCAGCAGCAGCAGCAGCAGCAGCAGCAGCAGCAGCAGCAGCAGCAGCAGCAGCAGCAGCAGCAGGUCGAGCAACAAGGAGUGGUUGUGGUGGGAACGAAUGUGGCUGCAGCUGAACGUCUGGAUGAGGAUGGCAUCGGCUGUGUGCCACUGCCAGCUGGCCAGGAGCCAUUAAAUGGCUCCAUCCAGCCGCGGGAAUCAGGUCCGGCCACUGGGGAAGCAGCCUGCAGGGAAGCAAGCACCCGUGCUGAUGUGGAGUCGCAGCUGUUGCUGCAAAGGGAGGGACAACCGGAGACGGAUGGGGAGGACAUGCAGAUAACACAACAACAACAACAGCAGCAGCAGCAGCAGCAGCCGUGGUGGUGGUCCUGGUUCUGGAAACCAAGCAACUACUGCCACGUGUGCCAUGUCUGGCGGUGGGCGCGGUCGCGACACUGCUGGAAGUGCGAGCGGUGCGUGGACAGAUACGACCACCACUGCCCCGCUUUAGGCACCUGUGUGGGCCGCAAGAACCAUCGGUUGUUCCUCCUUGUCCUCCUCGCGUUCAUCAUUGGCGAAUACACUUUUGCAACAUGUUGCCAUGCUUUUCUCGCCUCACACCACCUCCUUCAACUGCCACCCUCCCAACCCCUGAUCUUCUCGUCCGGGAGUGCCCUGAGAUGCAUUGAAGAGUCCAUCCACGUCAGCAUCCAGGCUCUAUUGAACCAGCCAUGGGUUGUUGCUCUUAUGCUUUGCGCUUACCUCCAACCUCUCUGGCAGGCUCCUCUUCUCCUCUUCCACCUCUUCUGCAUAGGUCAAAACGUGACUACUUAUGAGUGGGCCCGAUGGAGAAAGGUCCCUUACAUGCACUAUGACGGACCACCCUUUCUGUCUACAGGAGAGCAAACGAAGCACUUCCACAACCCCUAUGACCGCGGCUUUGUGAAGAACUGGCAGUGCUUCUUGAGAGAGGACGACAGAUACGAUGAGCAGCGUCAGCAACAGAGGCUCUAACCCAUGUGCAUAUAUGCAUGCAUUGAUGGAUCCACACAUUGUGUUUUCGUGAAGAACUGGCAGUGCUUCUUGUGAGGAACAGCCAGAUACGGUGAGCAGAGGUCGCAGCAGAAGAAGCAAGGGCAGCAGCAGAGGCAUUGAUGUGUGUAUUGGUUGUAAAGAAAAUCUCAUCCUUAAACGACGAUUUGCCGCAAGUGAGCACCCUCUUGGCGUGAAAUUAGGGAAUGGCGUACUUACGUAUGUGUGCAGUGUGACAAAAAGGGAUUGGAAACGUGGAAAACUCCACACGGUGAUAAGAAUUUCAGUACGACAUAAGGGAGAUUUGGUAAUAAAAUGUGGUUAAAAGC